GCUAUUGGUGGAUGAAGGGUCAGCCUCGUGUACGGAUGCGCCCACUUGGCUGGAUGUAGCAGGUCGCAAAGAGCUUUGUAUGUGGGUUUGAUUGUAAGCUGCAUUUCAGGCAUACAGUGAUGUUAGGAGGAGCGAUAUCCCCGGUCUCUGGGCCCAUUUGCAGCUACUACGAGCUGCAGGUGGUAUGGAAUUAGGUAACUAGUAAAUAAGAUAAAUUGCACGGCAUGCCCUGCAAGUUUAGAAACGAUACUCCCUUUGCAAUAAGCAGGCAAUAGUUGCAAUGGCCUAUCUAAAGUCAAUCGCAGCACUUGCUGCAUGCGCUGCGGCGGUUGAAGCAGCAGCCCUUCAUCCUCGCACUAACAAGACGCUGGUUGAUUCACAAUCACUCCGCGACACGAUUGACAUUGACAACUUGUAUGCCAAGGCCGAGAUCCUUCAGGAGAUUGCAUACAACACACCGGGAAAGAACCGUGUGAUUGGAAGCCAGGGCCACGAGGAUACUGUGGAAUACAUCAAGGGCCAGCUCGAGGCAUUCCCCGACUACUACGACGUGUACACUCAAGAUGUGCCUCUCUCAAUCGGAACCACUGCCACGCUCCGUGCAAACAACAAGACCAUUGAGGCUUUUGCAGUAACUCUGGCUCCGGGCGGCAAUGUUACUGGACCGCUGGUUGCUAUUCCCAACUUGGGCUGUGAAGAGGCGGAUUUUCCAGAAUCUCUCGAGGGCUCCGUGGCUUUGAUUAAGCGUGGUACAUGCUCGUACGGCGAAAAGGUGCAGAUUGCUGCUGCCAAGGGAGCCUCGGGCGUAGUGGCAUGGAACAAUGCUGAGGGUACUCUUGAGGGUUACUCGCUCCAAGUCCUGUAUCCCAAGGGCAAGUUUGUCCCUGUAGCCGGUAUCACCAUGGGCCAAGGAGAAGCGCUUCUUGCGCAGCUCAACGCCGGUGUCAAGAUCAACAUCGACAUGUCGACAAACGCCAAAGUGUUUAACACUCGCAACGUGAUUGCUGAGACAAAGGCUGGCGACCACGACAACGUGAUCCACGUCAGCGGCCAUUCUGACUCGGUCACUGCUGGCCCAGGAAUCAACGACAAUGGAUCGGGCACUAUUUCCAUUCUCGAAAUUGCUAUUCAACUGACCAACUUUACUGUCAACAACGCCGUGCGCUUCAGCUGGUGGACAGCAGAGGAAGCCGGUCUCCUCGGAGCCGAGUACUACGUGCACGAGCUGCCCCAAGCCGAGAAGGACAAGAUCCGUCUUUUGCUCGACUUUGACAUGAUGGCAUCGCCCAACUUUGCCUACCAAAUCUACGAUGGCGAUGGCUCGGCAUACAACCUAACUGGACCGGUUGGCUCAGCCGAGGCCGAACACGAGUUCGCCGCCUACUUUGACAGCAUUGGUCUCAACCACACGGAGAUUGAAUUCGACGGCCGAUCAGAUUACGGUCCGUUCCUCGAGGCUGGCAUUGCUUCUGGUGGCAUUGCCGGUGGUGCCGAAGGCAUCAAGACGGAAGAGGAGGCGGCCAUGUUUGGCGGAGGUGCUGGCGUUCCUUACGACGUCAACUACCACGAGGAUGGCGAUACCGUCAACAACUUGAACCUCGAGGCGUGGAUCGAGUUCACAAGGGCUAUCGCGCAUAUGACUGCCAAGUACGCCGUCUCGUGGGACAGCAUCCCGCCGAGGAACGCGACGGCUACGCAGAAGCGGUCGGAGAGGUAUGCCGAGUUCAAGCAGGCGUUCCAGAAGACCAAGAGGUACCAGAGGUGGGUAUAGAUUGGGCUCGACCUCGAGACUUUAGGUAGUUCUGGGCCUAGAUACGACUUUAAUGGUGAAUGUCAAAGAAAUUCAAGGCAAUGUUUGUGCAAGCAAAGUGGAUGAAUGGUAGAAACGAGUUUGUGGAAUUGCACAUGUCAUUUGCCGUUUACAAGAUGAACGGUUGCUUUACUCUUCGUCGUCAUCGUCAACUACGGGUACAGGCUCGUCCUUGCCGGUCUUCUUGACUUUGCGGUCUUUCUCAGCACCAGCAGGCUUGGCGUCCUUUGCUUUCUUCUUGUCGUCUUCAUCAUCGUCGUCUUCAUCGUCGACCUCGUCAGAAGCAGCAUCCUGUUCUUCUUCGACGCUCAGCUCGGCCUCUUCCUCCUCGCUCUCAUCCUCGUCCUCGUCCUCGUCCUUGCUUUUGGCUUUGGUAGUGCGCUUGGCCUUUUUCUUUGGCGCUAUAAAAACAAA